CUCACUCCGUGUGUCAGUGAGUCUGAGCGGCUGUCUAUGCUCCGGGAGUCUGGGCUGUCUCAACUAUCACUCUCCAACCACCGAAGCUCUGCUGCACCAUGCUGACCCGUCUGUUCCGUAUGCACGGCCUCCUGGUGGCCUCCCACCCCUGGGAGGUGAUCGUUGGCACAGUCACCCUCACUAUCUGUAUGAUGUCCAUGAACAUGUUCACUGGCAACGACCAAAUCUGUGGCUGGAACUUUGACUGCCCAAAAACAGAGGAGCAAAUCCUCAGCAGUGACAUCAUCAUCUUGACCAUCACACGCUGCAUCGCCAUCGUUUAUAUUUACUUCCAGUUCCAGAACUUGAGACAACUGGGGUCAAAAUAUAUUUUAGGCAUUGCUGGUCUUUUCACCAUAUUCUCCAGCUUUGUAUUCAGCACAGUGGUCAUUCACUUCCUGGAUAAAGAGCUCACGGGCCUCAAUGAGGCUUUGCCGUUCUUCCUGCUUCUCAUCGACCUCUCCAAAGCAUGCGCUCUCGCCAAGUUCGCCUUAAGCUCUAGUUCUCAGGAUGAGGUGAGGGAGAACAUUGCUCGUGGCAUGGCAGUACUGGGACCUACCUUCACUCUGGACGCCCUGGUGGAGUGUCUAGUGAUCGGAGUGGGAACUAUGUCAGGUGUGCGGCAGCUGGAAAUCAUGUGCUGCUUCGGCUGCAUGUCGGUCCUGGCCAACUACUUUGUGUUCAUGACUUUCUUCCCUGCGUGUGUCUCCCUGGUGCUGGAGUUGUCCCGUGACAGUCGGGAGGGACACCCGAUCUGGCAGCUGAGCCACUUCUCCAGAGUGAUGGAGGAGGAGGAGGACCACAAACCCAACCCCGUCACCCAGAGGGUCAAAAUGAUCAUGGUAGGUCAACUGAAAAAACUGAAACGUUGA